AUGUCCUCUGACUCUACAUCUAUCCCCUCUGCUCCCUCCGUGGAAAUCUCUCCCGGAAUUGUGCUGCAGCCUCCUCUAUCACGGCGCGGACGUGGUCCGGGUUUAGUCUUAGUUAGAGCCGCCAGCCAUGCGGAAUCACAGGCCAAUAAUCAUACCCUGGACCCUGAACCACUACAGAAGUGGGCGGAGGAAAGCUUUGCAGUCGCUCAAAUUACUUUCGAUUCAGAGUCAAGCGCGAGCCCGUCUUCUGUAUUUGAUCUCCUGCGUGAUGCCGCUCAGGCCUUGGCUUCUUUGACGGAAUGUGAUAAGAAGGAUAGCUUUGGCUUAUUAGUAUACGGUUCUCAAGCCGACUACGCCCCGGGGUUCGGAGAUCUCCUUUACGGCGCAGCGGUAUCUGAACCCGGGAAGUUCGCUGCCGGGGUAUUCUUCGAUGCUUGGGACGUCGCAGUGACCCCAUCUUUGCUGCAUUUGGAUGCGUCAAAACCGAAAAAAGAAGAUUCGGAGUUGGUUAAAGUCCAUUCUUACCCCGAGGUAUCCUCUUCCGGAUUCAUCAUCCCCGGCCAUGCGGACUUCAAUAUGUCCUCCGCUGGCGUGGCUCACACGCGCUCCUUGACAUUCAUCAAGAAACACUUGAAUGGCCCGUACUUUGAUCUCGAGAAGAUUUGGGAAGAACACACGUACUUUGAGUUUGCCGAUCGCUCGGUCGAGAAGACGAUGGCCACUAUGGUCCAGGAGCCAUAUGUCAACCACGUUCCCACUUUAACCGGCGGUAUUGGGCGAGAGCGCUUGAGCAAGUUCUAUUUAAACCACUUCAUCUUCAACAACCCCGACGAUACGAGUCUGGAACUCAUCAGCCGGACCGUGGGCGUGGAUCGUGUGGUAGACGAAUUUAUCUUCUGCCUCACCCAUAACAAGGUCGUCGACUGGCUAAUCCCCGGCAUCCCCCCAACCGGCAAGUCGCUACGAAUCCCCUUCACGUCGGUGGUAAAUAUCCGCGGCGAUCGUCUGUAUCACGAACACAUUGCCUGGGACCAGGCGACGGUCCUGAUUCAAUUGGGUCUACUGCCAAAGUAUCUCCCAUUCCCAUAUCCGUUGGCUGAUGGCCGACUACCGGGGCCUGGGAAGCGGUUUGAGUAUCGUGUGCCAGCGGCUGGUGUAGAUACAGCCCGUAAGCUCCAUAAUGAGCACAUGGUGGAAUCUAAUGGGAUGAUAGCGUUUGAGGUUCGGGAGGUGGAUGAUAAAUAA